AGAUGAAUUAGGUCGUGAUGCAGCUAGGUUCUACCGUUCAAGGGCUUGGCCAUAGUUUACAAGGUAACCUCGCAGCUAACAGAUCGCAUUAUCAUCAGUCCAGCCCAUAAUCAGGUUAAAGGCAUUGCGCUGUAACGACGAUCAUUCGGUCCGACCCUUGGUGGUGGAGAGGAGGGGCAGGUUGAAUGUAUGGAGGUAGCUCGCUCGACCCCUCCACAACAACCUCUUCUUCUUCUCCCUAAUUACCCAACUGCCCUCGUUCCAGCACUUGUACACAGUACCGUUGAUUGAAUCCAGCACGAUUCAUACCACCUGAAACCCCCUCAAUCAUCCAGAAGAACAUCAUGGCCCAGUCACACUCCCACGACGGCGCCGGCCACUCCCACGCGGGUGGCGGCGACCACGGCCACAGCCACGAGAUCCUGGACGGACCAGGCUCGUACCUAGGCCGCGAGAUGCCCAUUGUUGACGGACGGAACUUUCGGGAAAGAGCGUUUACGGUUGGGAUAGGCGGACCUGUAGGUUCGGGCAAGACUGCACUCAUGCUCAAACUCUGCCUCGCCCUGCGCGACACCCACUCCAUCGCCGCCGUGACAAACGACAUCUUCACACGCGAAGACGGCGACUUCCUCAUCGCGCACGCCGCCCUGCCCGCCGCGCGCAUCCGCGCCAUCGAAACCGGCGGCUGCCCGCACGCCGCCGUGCGCGAGGACAUCUCCACCAACCUCGCCGCGCUCGAGGACCUCCACCGCCAACACGCCACCGACAUCCUCCUCAUCGAGAGCGGCGGCGACAAUCUGGCGGCAAACUACAGUCGCGAGCUGGCGGACUACAUCAUCUAUGUUAUUGAUGUUAGUGGUGGGGAUAAGAUUCCGCGCAAAGGGGGGCCAGGGAUCACGCAGAGUGAUUUGUUGGUUGUGAAUAAGACGGAUAUUGCGGAUGCCGUGGGGAGUGAUUUGGGGGUUAUGGAGAGGGAUGCGCGGAAGAUGCGGGAAGGCGGGCCUACGAUCUUCGCACAGGUCAAGAACGGCAAGGGCGUGGACGGGAUCGUGGAGCUGAUAGUAGGCGCGUGGAAGGCGAGCGGGGCAGCGGAAGUGUGCGCUGCGCGGAAGAAGUAAGUCAAGUAAGGAAAGUAAAGUAAGAUGAAGUGAAAGUAGAUUGCGGAUGAAUAGAUGGAGUCGUUGUUGAAACUACUACUGACCUUCACUAUAAAAGUCACGUGAACACCGUCAGAGUAGUAGUAGAUGUCAUAAUACGUAU